CCAUCCCCGCCUCUCCCCAGGGGCAUCCCCGUGGCCUGGCUGGAGAAGACGAUGUGGGGCCUGGGGCUGGAGGUGUACAAGCAGCCCUUCGCCCGCACGCUGCCCUUCCCCGACGAGAGCCGCGAGCGAUACAUGGUGAAGGGCACCAACGUCUACGGGAUCCUGCGGGCGCCGCGGGCGGCCAGCACCGAGUCGCUGGUGCUGAGCGUGCCCUGCAGCGAGGGCACGCAGAACAGCCAGGCCGUGGGGCUGAUGCUGGCCCUGGCCGCCUACUUCCGAGGCCAGAUCUACUGGGCGAAGGACAUCAUCUUCCUGGUGAACGAGCACGACCUGCUGGGCAUGGAGGCCUGGCUGGAGGCCUACCACGACGUCAACGUCACCGGUAAGGCCGGGGAGGCCGGGGGGCGCAGCCCCGGGAGCCCCCCCCGUGCGCUGAGCGUGGCGGUGCCGCAGAGAUGCA